UUUUAAGAGUUUCGUAACUUUAUUUAUUUAUUUUUUUGAAUAAACAUUUAUUUUAACAAUGGCUUCCUAUAUUUUUUCCUGAGAAAAAAUUUCCUUAAAGAAAUUUAUCUGAAGGAUUUAAGUCCGAAGGAAUGACAUUUCAGUUGAAUAACUUGAUUAAUAUGGAAUUCUUUACAUUGUUUUAAUUUCUUUCACGUCUUCUCAAUUUGGUGGUCAUACAUCCUCACUCAUAGCUACUUUUUGAAAGGAUUCUUGCUGCAUUUUUUGCCCCUUGGGGUAACUUCAAAAGUCAGAGAACUGGGGUGUGCCAUUUUGAAACAUCAAAGCAUACCUUGAAAUGUAUAAAAAUUUCCAAAAACCAUACCCCAAAAUUUAGAUACAAUAUGAAGUGCAUCCGCUUAAAUUGAAUUCAAAAGUCCAUCAACUCGAUCAAGUGAAUGAAAACAUAUUACCUUUCGUUCAAGAAUGAUAUCCCCAAAUGAUUUAUUUUCUAAAGAAUCUUGAAUGGAUGGGGGGCCUUUUUGUCACUGUAAACCUUGUCUCUGUUUUUGUCCCUUGUCUCUGUUUUUGUCUUUAUUUCCAAACAAUAUUUCCUAUGAUGGAAAAAGGUUAAAACUUACCAUUUGAGAGCAUUAACUUGAGAGAUCACUGUAUGGUUUAUCAGGGUUGUAAGAAAAAAUUGUCUGACGAAAAUUAAUCAGAAAAAUGUUUAUUUGCUGUCAAUAAUUCUCCCGUUCCCUCUUAUAGUUUUUUGUAUGUUUACAUGUCUCACUAGGUUAGCAUAUAUUUUUGUUUGAAAUGAUUCAAAUUCUCCUAUUUUUUAUCGAAAAGAGCUGCUGAUGAAAACUAUAAACUGGUAGCUAUUAUGAAUGUUGCAGUUAUCAUUGAAUUAUCUUCUUCAUCCAAUCUUCAUCUCUGGUGCUCCAAGCCAUAUAAAGUCGAUCCUGUCAAAGAAAAGGGAGAACGUGUCCCCCCCCCACUCUUGCGCUGCUACUGGACAAACCAUGCCUUUAAAUGCACUAUGCUUAGUGAAAUCUACGCACUUAGAAAUUGUGACCUAUUUGAAACAAAUGACAUACUUUGGUGCAUUGAUUUCUUGACAUAGUGGAACAUUGCAGCAAAUCUUCGAAACAUUGCAUAAACCCUAACUUUACAAAAUUGCUUAAUCUUUUGCUUCUGUUCAUUGUUCUUUUAUUGAUACUCAAAUGUUCCUGCUUUAUUGCUUAUGUGUGUUUCAUUUAUUUCAUUCAUAGUUGAUUUGUCAAUGCGUUUGAAAGAAUUCUAAAACUUUGGAAGGCCUUUCAUAUUUCAACAUUAAAAUCGAUAAAACUGUGAGACCUUUUGAUAAAAGAAAGUUUGAAAAUAUUUCUUCGAACUAUCUCAAAAUCCAUUUCAAAAGCUGUUGCUGGCCAUUCCUAGACAGCAGCGGUUUUAGGGACUGCGGGGCCCGAGACCAAAAACAUCUGCGGCCCCUUGUUCUUUACAAUUUCUAUUUUUCCCCUUCUGGCUACCAUAAGGGCGGGACUUGGGGCCGUGACACCCCUGGACCCCCUUAAAAUCUCCACUGACUCAGAAUACCAUAUCUCUAAAACUAUUCUUGUCUCCAACCAUACUGGCUGCCUUAACUAAACACAUUCACGGUCGUCACAUCUCACAAAAUACCCUUCUUCGUCCCAGGAUAUUGCCGACAAAUAUUGUUAUUCGUCAUGAAAUCAUCAUGAUGAAAUCGUAUUUCUCUAAACAUUGAUUUUUGAAAUAAAUUUGGUGGGUGUUCUUUAAAAUAUUACCUGCAAUUUUCAAUUUUUAUAGAUAUUUUUAGCAAUCCUUUGUCACUGAAUUACAAUUGUCAAUUACACAACUAUUAGUGCUUUUUAGGCCCUUGCAGAAACUGGUGAGCCAUUCAACAUCUGCAGCUAUGCAACCAACUUCACUCUAGACAGCAUAUGCGGUAAAAAAAUUUGCAAAUAUAUUUCUUUGUUGUUCUACGUUGCCUUUCCUUAUUUCAAUUCUGAAAAAUGUUUCAGGGCAUAUAGAAAUUUGUAAAAUUAUUUUAAUAAAAUAUGUUGGACACAUGAACUAAAAAUGUUCAGAUUCUAGCAACUAUGGAUUGCCAGAAAGCAUGCAGGGAUUUUAAUCUAUUUGAACAGUCAACGAUGAGUUUUUUCUAGCCAAUUACGCCACUUAUAUAUUUCUAGCACAUUUUAACUUUACGAGCCAAUAUUUACAAAAAACAAUGUUUACAAAAUGUCUGUUGAAGUUGAAGUUAUUGGUCAUUAGAGAUAAAAAGCUUUUAUUCAAAUUGUCAAUGAACUGUCACUUAAUCUUAUCGGAGAAGUCUUUGCCUAGAUUCAUGUUAUCAUCAUUUGGUAGCUGAACAAUAACUUAAUGCUGGUACAAGCGAUUCACAGGAAAUUUGAUUACUUUUUUUCUAACUGCAUUGAACCAUAUUUGAUAUUUUAAAAAGCACCGAUUGCUUGGAAAGCUAACUUGAACAUCGGUACUAUAAUCAGGUUCUUCGUUGCUUUAUCGUAUUUCUUGGUUUAUCGCGAUAUUUGCAUGGCUUUAUAGAUAAGCUUUUGAAGACUGUUGUCGGGUUCUCCUAUAGCUGUCAAGCUUCUAAAUCUGUAUUGAACCAUCUUACAAAAUUAUCAACUAAGGCUGUUAUUGUUAGAAUACAUGUAAACCUUUUUGCGUAAUACGCGAAAAAGAGUAUUAGUUGUAAUAUGAACAAACGUGACUCAUAUGGUAUUAGGUCGCUAUCAUCAACGGGUCGGUAUUAUUAACAGAUCGGUAUCACAAUUUAAAUUUUGUACUUAUAGAAGAUAAGAAUAACGACGUUUGUUUAUCUGGUCGCCAUCAUGGAAGAUAUUCAUGUUUCGGACGGCCCUAACAACCUCCUUACAAGUCGAAGGUUCUAACGGAGUUACUCUUUGUAUGUGCAUUAGCUUUCGUUCUUUAAAUAAAUAGCUACCCCUUUAUACGAUUGUAUUUUAGACUACCAAAUUUAAACGUGAUAUCGUGCAUUCGACUUCGCAGCAUGUGUGCUCAAGUCCAGCACUGCCAGGUACGCAUGUUCUUUUGGCCAGUCUUCGUUUACAACUGGACCAAAAAAGGCAGGGAACAUAACCGCACUAUAAAAAUCCUUCACGAAUUCACUCCCAAGGCAAGGGCUUAUUCCGAGAAGAAAUCUCAUUAACUCUUUUUGAUAUAUUGAUUGAUGAUGUCAAACUUGUGUUGUAUGCUGGCGGUGUCGUUGUUAAGACGUAGGACUCACUUUCCAAAGACCGUGAGUUCUAGACCUACACCUACAAAUUGCCAUUAAGGAAAAAAUUUGUAAACGAAAAGAGAAGGCCGACGAUACCGAGAAGAGAAGACUUUCAUUUUUGUAUAAAGCAUUGGAUUGUCAUGAGCGUGGUGAAAUAGAUAUUGAAGACUUACUCUCAUGUUUGCGGGAGGAGGUGGCUACUCUCAUGUUUGCGGUAUGCCCAAAAGGCGAGAUUUAUUGCAAUAAAACGACUUCUAAAACUCUAGCUUUUCUUCUCAUUUCAAUUUGAUUGUUGUUAUGUCAAUACUUAUAUAUGCUUUAAGGCAUCCUGUUUUCAUUAUUUUCCAUCUUCUGCUCGUAUUUGAUUUUCAUGAAGAGGAUUAAUAGAAAUAUAUCAUUUGAAAUUGUUUGCAUUUCAGCGACAUGACGCUACUGCCUCCAUCAUAUUCUUCACGAUGUAUUUUCUUGGUAGACACCCACACGUUUUGCGAAAGGCUCAAGAAGAAAUUGAUAGUCUGGAGAAAUGGUCGUAUCCUGCCAGCUGGUUCCACAUUCGGAAUCUCAACUUUCUUUCUCCAUAAAAACCCAGAUUUUUGGGAUCAACUAGAAGAUUUCCUUCCAGUGGAUUCUUGAUUGAAAGUUCAAUCAAAUGCCGCCCGUUUGCAUAUGUACCAUUUUCAGCUGGUCCAAGAAACUGCAUAGGCCAAAGGUUUGCUUUAUUGGAGGAGAAAAUGUUGCUGUCAAACUUUCUGCGCCAUUAUGAUAUUACCUCGCUACAAGACCCGGAACAAAUCGAUAUGUCCGCUGAAACAAUUCUUGGUACACGGAAUGGUUUGUCUGUGAAAAUCUCUCAAAGAAUGGAAUUUUGAAGCAGCUUUGAUGUGUGCUUGAAACUGCUUGCAGAAAAUCUUGAUCUACAGUCGUAUCUAAACUGGCUUUUUUAAUUCAAGAGUUACUGAAAGACAAUGGUGUAGUGGAGGGGUAGCGCGGUAUAAUGCCUUUAUACUUCCUCAAAUGUUUGAGCUGCAGCGUUAUCUUCCUCAAACGUACCUAGACAAACAGUGGCGGUAUGUUUCUUAAAGAUUAGUACAAUACACCAAGCAAUUUUGAUCAAACAAUAUAGCAACUAAAUUCACGACAAUAUAAUGACUUUUGAUACUUGUUUCACCCUAGGUUCAAGUGAGUAUGAAGUUAAGGAAUGUCAUAUCAAGAUAUCCAUUUUUUGCACAUUUGCUUAUGUAGGCUGCGCAUGCGUAGUUCGGAGGACCUUUUGCUGAUGAUUGUAUGCAGCACCGUAUGAAGGUUAGAAUCAUAAGUAGGUCCCUAUUGUUUGAGAAUAGUAGGACAAACGGUAAUAUUCAUUAGAAAGAAAUGUUUUUCAAGUCUUUGGGGGGAGGCAUGAGCUCCCCUGAGAACAAUUUUAGUUACGGUGCUGGUUGUACGUGAACAGAAAACAGAACUAAUGAUUAUGGUGGAUGGGUUGCCCGCCUGUCUGUGUGGAGUUGUUUGUAAUCCUUUAAUGAAACUGGCUGCUCUGUAUUUGUUGUGUUUUAACCAUAUAUAGAAGUUUUAAAUAAAUUGCAUAAUUAGCAUAGUUCGUAAGCUAUGUGGGUUUUUUCAAAAAUGGAAAAAACGAGAAGGGAAAUACGUUUUGUAAAAUCAUGUCGACAUUCGUAAGUUUAAUUUUAUUGGUGACUUUGGUUAUACGAUAUAAGUUUUUACUGUAGGUGAGAAAGUAGUAAAACAGAAAAUUCAAAAGCUAAUACGAAUUCUCGAAGAAUUACACAAGGAAAGAAGAAAGGACGUUAAUACUGAGAUACAUAGAAUAUUACAUGACUGGAAACCCAUUAGAGAAGGUAUAAGACACUGUAGCACUUAGACAGCAGCGGAACAAUCUGUCAAGAAUGACAAGGGUUAAUAAAAAUAAAGAGUAGACAGGAAGGUGCUAAAAAAUUAAUACCAUCAACGAUCAACGAUCGAGCUGUGGCAACCGAUAGAAAAGAACAGUUGAAAUGGAACACAUCAUCAGCCAAAAAUUUUAGAGACCGUAGUUUUGAUAGAGAAACCUAGAUAAAUCCUUCUUGGAUCCAUGUCUGCCUGCGAUGAUUGCUUGCCUAUUGCUGAAUUCAGAUUCUUGUCUCUUUGGCUCUCAUUAUUUUUUUCUGACAUACAAACAGGGUUGCUGCUGUGACACAAAAAGCAAAAAGUUUUUUGUCCAAUAACCGAGUCUUUUGCCUUUAGUCCUUAGGGCAAAGAAAAAUACAGACUCAGCUUGGUCAAUCUAAAAGAGCAGCUUAAUACAUUGUCAAAAGCCUGCUGUCAAUUUACACGGACAAAGUCAAUUGUCAAGGAAACUUGUCAAGGAAGAACUGCUCCUGCAGGUGAAUGGUUCUCCAGACAAAGAUCAAUGCUUGAUAAACGAAACACUUGCAUAAAGAAAGUGAUUUGAAGUGAUAAGGACAACCACAUCAAACAUCAUCCAGCAGGUGCAAUGACAUAGGUUUGAUUGGUAAGCAUCGCAUGGUUUGUGUUAAGCAAGCUUCCGACUGAAUGGCAUCAGGCAUUUAAGCCUAUCCAAAAACAAGCAAUUUAUGAUCAUAUUGGUGAGUCGAUGAAUAUGUACAGUCUUUUCAUUGCAAUUCAAAAGCAUCUAACGAUAAUUGACCGCACAGAUCAGGGAAAGUUUGUUUUGUCUAGAUUUGCUCAACUAUAAUGACAACAAUGAUUUUCAUGGAAAAUGCAUACUGAUGAGACUACACAGCAGUAAAAUAUUUUUAGAAGAUAUUCAUGGCUGUUCAAAAGCAUUGAAAAUAUCAGUUUCGUGAAUAGUACUAGUUUUUGUCAUUAAAACUCAAUACCAAUGGAAGAAAUGUGUUGAUAUAAUUGUGCUGAUUUUCUACUUCUUACAUUGUAAAAAGGGACAUGUGCCUUAUAAAUAUUUCUUGAAUUGAACGGCAGGAGAUUUAUUUCUUUAUUCAAAACUUCUGAUGAACAUCUACAACUGUAUAUGCGUCAAGUCUGAUUCUUUCAUGUCUCCAAUACAUUUGAUUAUCAGCAACAUUUUUUUUUCUUGUUACGUAAAUGAAACAAUAGUGAAAAUACAAUAAGCAUCCUUUUUGUCACAAAAAAAUCGACAUGUGGUAAGAGAUAAAAAUCAAUGAUGUCACUUGCAGUUACUUAUCGGUGCCCAGUAGAUGCAAUCUUAAUGCAUUUAUAAAAACAUGUGAUGUGGCAUUAGCAUUUUCUAUCUUUUGAUGCUUCUGAUUUUGUUUCUGAUUGUGGAGCUGCCAGAAAAGAAAACAAAGUUUCUUUAAUUGAAAACAAUUGCAUCAAAUUAUGCUGCUUCACAGUUAAAUUAUCUCAAAAUUUUCUAUUCACUAGUCUGUUGCUCAAAUGAAUCAUUUUCAAAACUGUUUUGUUAAAGACCAAGCUAGGCUGCAAGCAAAAGUAUCAAUCUUUUAUUCAAAAUUUUUAAUUAUUCAUCAAAGUCUGUCAAAUAUCGUCAGCUGCUAAUCAUUUUGUAAGCAAUUUUUAUCCAUAGUUCUGUCUUCUGAAGAUUUUAUCGCAAACAUAUCAUCAUAUAUUGUCUGUUGUGUGCACGAGAAUAAGGCCAAGCUGACUUCGCCAAUUAACAAACAUUUGUACAAGAUAUCUGCUUGUUCGAUAACAACCCAGGUUUUUGUCAAAUUUGUAAAAAAAUCGUCUUUGAUAAUAGAAAUAAUGCCAGCCAAUCAAACAGGUGAAACUUUACAGUCUCAAAGGCAUAGAUACAACUUGAGGCAAUAGCAUGACUUAGUAAAUGACUGCCCGACAUAAAAAAGCAAAGACGAAAUCAGUUUCAAAGCAUAGCUGAAAGAGAAUUUCGCUGAGUAAGCUUGAUAGAAAUCUUACGGUGCUCGUGAAUCCGUAAACAAAAUUAGCAGGCUCGCCGUAGAUUAUUUUUCGUCAGAAAGUUCUAAUGUUCUUUUUUCAUCCAAAGUAUCUCUUCAUAUUAGGUUUUUGAGGGAAAAUUUAAUUGAAUGACUUUAAAUUGUUCAUCUGGAAAUAUAUUGUGGAAAUGCAUCUUAAGACUAAUGUUUGUACGCGUUUCAAACUUGCUUGAUACAGUUUAAUGUUGAUGACAUAUGACAUAUUGGCAAGUAGUACACUUGAUAUGUUCCCUUCACUCAAGGAGCUUUUAGCAACUUGAUAUGAGCACCUUGGAUACUUCAAGUCUGUCGGUGAAGUACAAUGUAUUAAUAGAUUAUGCCACUGGCUGACCACUUGUUGUUACGAAGCAUGAGUAGCUUCGUUUUAAUUGCCUUGAAUAGCCUUAUAAGCAUGAAAAAUAUCAUUUAGCAAAUCUGAACGGAUUAGAAAUUUAAUGAAUAGCUGGUUUGCAUUGAAAACAUUUUAUAGUUUUGAAGAGAUAAAUUUUUUGUUUCUUCGUACGAAAGUGUAAAUAUUGUGUUUCUUCAUAGUUUAAAAUAGCUAUCAAACAUUGCACAGUCUGCAAAACGACUUAGCGCACAUUCAUUCAUUGUUUGUGAUCAGCAAUGAGUGGUAUCGUGCUUUUAAUGGCGAUCACGUUACUGAUCUUCUUUCUUAUAUUCUCAUAAAAGUUUACAAACAAGGACGAUGCCACAGGGAGCAUGGAAAUACACAACAACUCUGUGACCAUUACAUUAAACAUGUUUUCUUCAAAUAAGAAUUACAUUUACGUUACAAAUAACACUUACAUUAAUAAAGUUAAACAAAAUACUGACAAAGUAAAAACAAAGAAAGCCAAAUUACAUAAGAGAGAAUAUUUCUAAAAGUACGUAUUGAAACCUUUCAAAGGUCUGAAUACAUUUGAAUGGUUUGUUUCAACCCAUAGGGUUGCAAUAUCGCCUUCACAUUGUCGAGAGAUCGCAUCUAUCUGUAUCAUAACACAGAAUAAAUCUCUAUUCUGUGAUCAUAAGCAUAGAAAAGCAACAGAAAGUGCUCCUUAUUCUCAAUACCAUGAUUUACUGGGCAUAAAGAAUUCACUGAAGCUAUGUUUGAAUUUGUGAAAAUUCAGCUUGUCAAGUCCAACAUGAAGUUGUGUUGAAGCUUAUAAACCUCAACCUUAUCAUGGCACACGCCACAGGGGGAAAAGGGACCAUUGUCACCCCACAUUUUUGUUAAUAAAAGACUAAAAUCAGCUGAAAGUAUUGACAUACAUAAACAUUUAGAUUACAUAAAAUACAAAGAACCAGAGCCAACAAAUAAAACCACGUCAGCAAGAUAAUUGCCAUAUUAACCGGGGCUUAAGAGGGGAAGAGGACACUUACUUUAAAUUUCUGACCCCUCGAGUUUAGGAUCAGUGGCGUGGGCUCUGAUUUUAGGAUCAGGGUCGCGACCACAAAAGAUCAUCAAAAGUAGCGAUUAGUGUAAUGCAAUACCAAGUAAUAUUGUUGAUAUGUACAACUACUACUGUCAGAAAUACCAACACAGCUUAAUAUUAUGUUGAAUUGCAGCUAAUAUUAUGUUGAAGAUGAUGAUCAAAUGCAUGCAUGUCCAGAUAAAUUAACAAAUUCUUUUAACAAGUGCCGCGUGUUUCAUACGCUGAGACGCUUUUCAGCUCAACAGGAAACAAGGAAGAGAUUUAUCUCUAACGGCAAAUGGUUCUAUUCUAAUGAAGAACUGAGCAUCUUAUGUAUUCAGGUUAUUAACGCCAGCUAGGUUGUACCUAGGUUGUCAUCACAAAAAAGUUGAGACAGCUGCUCAGAAAGUUUCACCUUUGUUUUCUUUGCAUUGUCCGAUUAACAAUAAGCUUUGAUGCAAAUACUUUGAAUUAUAAAGAGAACUACACUCACUUUUUGCCUUGUCUGUAUUACAAGUGCCUGCAGUUAGGAAGUCUAUGGACACUUUAUUUAGCAGACAGACUUUUAAACGCUUAGCAAAAUUUGCAAGUUUUUCAUGGGUUGGUGAUAGCUAAACUUCUAGGCGAGCAAGAAAUGAUCCGCUGAAUUCCACCGAAGCUCUUGUCAAAGAAGUUGCUUAACGCAAGUUUCAAUGCAAUCUUGAAUAGUACGGGAUUCUGUAAGACAACUUAAAGAUUUAUCAUACAUGAAAAAAGGCGCCCUAAGAUGUUUAUACUUCACGAGCUGGGUCAGAUGGGAGAUAAAAAGGAGCGAGAAAAUCUUUUUGCAACAGUAAAUGGAAAAAUUGAUCCUCGCAACAUGGUGGGAGAGAUAAAACUGUCAGAUUUCAGCAAAGUCAAGCAGAUUGAGCUCCUUUCUAAGGAAGAAGAUGAUAAUGUAGAUUUUCCAGACGACGUGCAAUUCUUGGACGAGAUAUCUUCAUCAGAAGAUCUCCUAGAUGGAAAUUAUAUUCAUCCUUCUGGCUCUUCAUACCAACUCUUGCAGCAGAAGGAAACUUCACCCUGUUUAAAUGGAUCGAGUAACUUGUCUCUGGAAGAUCAAGUAGAGCAAAAACUCAGGGAAGGAGACGGCAUCUCAUUAAAAGAUAAUGCUAAUUGUGUUGAUCGACAUGAAAAAAAUACCUCCUGCACUAAAAACAACAGAAAAGAAAUAACUGGAUACAGGAGGGCAGGAAAAAUGACACAAGUUUCAAAAGAGGUCGUUACUGGAAAGACAAAAGAGAACGGAGCAAAUGAAGAGGAUUUUGUCAAAGAAAACCAUUUACUUGAAUCAUUAGUUGAUUCCAAGAAGUGCCAGCCAACUGAAAAUUUCUUGGAAACAUCGAUAGGGAAACGAAAUGCACACAUAAACAGAUCGAUGAGGCUGAUUCUGAACGUCGGUGGAACGCUCUAUGAGACGUUUGAGAACACUCUCGCCGCUCACCCGGACACACUUCUUGGAGAUCCGGAACGACGCUUAAGAUUUUACAACCCGAGUAUCGAUCAAUAUGUUUUCAAAAGGCACAUAAUUUCAUUUGAUGCCAUUCUAUUCUAUUACCAAUCAAAAGGCAUUCUUUCAAAGCCACAAUACAUCGAUCAAACAGCAUUUGAAGAAGAGCUAGAAUUCUUCGAAAUAACAUCAAAGAGAGGAUCUCGCAGUAGAUUCGUCAAUCGGCGGUGGCAAAAGCCAUUGCGUUCAAUCUCGUUACGAAGAACACCGAGGAGGAUGCUGCACAACGUCUUCAACCGUCCAUUUUCCUCUACUUUGUCCUCAGUUAUUUCAUUUCUUACAAUUUUCGUAACAUUAGUUGCAACUGUAGUGUUUUGCAUUGAAACUCUGCCACGCUUUCGACAGCCUCAUGGCACGCACCUCGAAACAAAUGCCAGAUCAACAGUUGCUACUCAGAAUAAGCAUCGCAAAGUUUUGGUUGUGAUUGAGAUUGUUUGCAUUGGUUUCGUUACUUCCGAUUACCUCAUCAGGCUGAGUAUCGCCCGUGGCCGUUUGAGAUUUAUCAUUUCUCAUUUAGGAAUCAUUGACCUGAUGACUUUAGUCCCUUUUUAUCUAUCCUUAGCAUUAUCAAGUCCUAACAAUCCUAAACAAUUGCAAAAUUUUGUUGCCCUUUUACGACAGCUUCGCAUACUACAGGUUUUUCGGCUAGCGCGGUACAGUUACGGUUUUCGGGCACUUCUUCAUACUGUUUCAAAAAGCCUUUUACACCUUGGAUCGUUCAUAUUUGUGAUUCCAGUGAUGAGUAUGUUUUUCGCAUCAGUGUCAUACUUUGCUGAGGAUAAUUUCCACGACGAUUGCAUUCAUUCUUGCAAAAAGCUUCAAAGCAUAUCUGACUGGUUCUGGUACUCGGUAAUCACCAUUACGACUGUGGGAUACGGAGAUGUUUAUCCAAGAACCAUUCUUGGCAAACUAGUUGGCGCUAUUUGUGCUUUGUUUGGUGUUAUACUAUUUUGCUUGCUCACGCCAAUUAUCUUUCGGCACUUCGUCGAGAACUAUUACGUCAGAGAGCUUAUGUCCCAGAAUAUCAGUGCAGAAAAACGCAAGCUAGCAGAAAAAGUCAGGGAAAUGUAUUAUGAACAGUAUGAAGUUCUGUGACAUGUUACCAAUGACUAUCUUAGCGUGUAUUCUGUUACUCCUUAUUGCUUUGAUUGCAUGGUAUUCAUCUAUGAAGACUCUGUGUGCGAUUGCCGAGAAAGGUUUUGGUUGCAUUAGAAUCAAAUGACAAUUUUUCUCCACACUUCGCAGUAGCGCAAGCCAUGGAACGUAGUUGGCAUUUGCCACGAAUCAGCUAAUGCAUGAAACAACCCUAUAUACUAUGGGACCAAUCGCUAGUGGGCAAAGGAUGCAAUCCCUCUCCCAAAAAGCGUCCAUCCCCCCCCCCCAAAGAAGCUUUGAAUCCCUCUGUCCCGCUGACCUCAACGUAUAAAUAUUACAGAAAUCUACAAAAGUAAGUCCACUGAAAGGGCUAUUUCAUCGAGUAUUUUAUAACCAAGAAACAUAGCAAGGGGACAGUCCAAUUUUAAGAGCUAGACCUCAACAUAAACAUUAAGAACAUCAACAUCAACAAAAUCUUGUUUCUGUGCUCAAACUGCUCUAUCGGAAAAACAAUACAAUUGCAUUUUUAGGAGCUUUUAGCAGCAAAACCUAUUUCUAUUAGAGAGCGUUUUGGUUCUAAUACCACUAUCCGUACUCAAUAUCAGGCAGGGGCACAGUGGCUGGGGGAAGAGUGCUUUUCUUAGAGUACUAUAUUUGUCGGAAAAUUCAGGAAUUUUGCUAUCUUCCUUGCCUUUGUCCGAAAUCUUGCUAGUUUCUCCCCAACCCCCAACCCCUCCUUUUCUUAUAACAUCUAACAGUCAUCACGCUCUGCUCAAUAUGUGAUUGGAUGAAUGGGAAACUUUUGACAGAGAUACAAAUAAGACAUAAUUUACUAAAUGGCUUUGAAAAAGGCAAACAUUAUACAACAUACUAAAAGCUUUGUCGUCUGACACUCCUCAGGGCAAAAAACGUCAGAAUAAGGAUCCGAAAGAACACGAUGAAAAAUGAAUUCCCAGUUGUGGAUAUAUAUCCUUUGUGCUUGCGUUUUUCUGAUUGGCCUUUUUCGAUCCACAACUGGGUAUAUAUUUUUCAUCGUGUUCUUUCGGACCCUUAAUCUGACGUUUUAUGCUCUGAGGAGUGUCAGACAAAAGAGCUUCAAAGCCAUUUUCAAAUUCUGUACCGCAAAAAAAUUGUUCAAAUAAUUUACUCUGAGCACACCAAAUCAUCAUGACAUUACAAGUCAAAAAUUUGCUUGUUAAGGGAUGAUGAAGCUCUGGCAAAACAGCCCUGAAAAUUUUAACAUUUAAAUUUUGAAUGACAUCCUAUCAUGAAUCUAUUAAAUUCUCAUCCGUUUUUCCAACCAGCUACAUCAAAAUCCUGAUAUUGAUCUUAGAUACUUAACUCCUCUAAGAAGGUUUUAAUUGGAGUUUGCUGUUGUAGACAGUUCAAAAUCAUUGAAGAGAUAUAAUAAUUCUCAGAUAUCUUAAACUAUAAGUGAUUCCAAGCCAUUUCAAGAAAUCUUUUGAUUCUCUUAUCCACCACACUAAAUUUAUUCGUUCUGGUGUCCAAGCAAGUCCACUGGGAAAAUAAACAGGCCUCCGGUAAUCUUCAAAAUGCUUCGUUGCUAUUUCGAUCAUCAGCCCUAUGAAGGCGGUGGAUUUCGCAGCUGCAUCCUGUUUUUAUUCUAUUUGCCUGCGUCACAGACAGAAUCGUUUGCAUAUGUCCAUACUUAAUCAUUCCGGUGACGCAGGAACCAAAGAAACUAUUCUCUCUCUUAUAAAAACCAGAUAAUUUUUGCCGUGGGUCGAAUUUCUUAUUUUUUGGAAAAUUUGAGGCUUGGGUGUUCUUAAUCGUUCCUUGUUUCGAGGCUUGGGUGUUCUUAAUCGUUUCUUGUUUCAACAUGGAUUUUUUUACAUACACAUGCUAUAAAUGCGAGGAUGGCUGGCUCAGUAGUUAGGAUUGUUGACCAGGUGUAAGGGUCUGGUGACCGUGUCCUUUACAUGAUCAAAUUUCAGCUAAAAAUGAGGACGAGGUGUUGACACAUCGAAAGGAUGGACUAAAACACUGCUCGAUAAGGAUAGCUCUUUAGGCUCCUAAUACUACCGUCAGAUGCUUGGGGAAAACAAAUGCAAAAAUUCAAAAAAUAUCGUUUCUAUGGCCAGUAACAUGCCAUAUUAGUUCUGCAAGAACUUUUUAGUAGCGCAGGUGAUUAGCUGAUAAAAUCUCCUAAGUUUUGUAAUCAUGAAAGAAAAUUGUUUUUUUCUAAUUUUCAUCUAAGGUUGGGCAUGUUCCUAUGUUGUUCUUAGUUUAUUCGGGAAAUCGAGCCUCUGUGUUCCUAUAACGUGUGUUCUUAUAAAAAGAAAGAGUGUAAAGGUAGCCAAGGAAAGCCAGGGCAUUAUAGAUAUGAAGGCAAAGUACUUACUGGGGUCACCUGCCAGUGGCGGAUAUUCAUUUUUCAGGUGAGGUGGAGGAGGGGCAAUGCCAACAAAAACAUCAACCUGCACUUCCAUCUUAUUUUCAGAAAAUCUUAAUCCAAUUACGUAUCACUGUUUCAUUAACGUAAGGGAAAAAGUCACUAAUAAAUUAACUGGAUUCUGGGAAGUUCUAUGAACACCUGAGCACUUGUCAGAGUCGUUGUACUACAAUUGAUCACAAUUAAAGCUCAGAGCUAAAGAAACAAGGGCGGUCACGAUAGGGGGUACAUGGGGACCACAACCCUCUUCUCAAACAAGGGUCUGACAGAAAAUCGCCGAUAUCGUUAGUGAAUCUAACAAAUCUUUACCUAACCUAGAAGUCGGCUCUCACUAAGGCCACACCCAAACAAUGUCACGUGUUUCAAGUCAGCAAAUUUUUCUUAAUAAUCAAUGUUCAGGAAAAUUGUCCACAAUGUUAGGAACUGCGACCUAACAAUGUCGUUUAAUGAUAACGUAAUGUUUAAGAUGUAAAGUUGAUUUCCAGCAUAUAUUAGAACAAGGGCAUUAUUCCGGUUCUCUGUUCAUCAUUAUCUGUCCGUUGAACUUUAGAAUUUCAGUUGCUAUAAAGAAAGAAACAAACAGACAUCUACUUGACAAGGAAUUGGCAAGAAGAUAGAUUGCUUUGUAUACUCUUGCUUCCUUGUAUACUCCCGCUUCCUUGUCUCACUAAGGGACAAUUAAGUCUCAAUAACUUUACAGCCUCCGCCCAUCCGUAAUUUUCUCCUCUGUCCCUGAAAAAGGAAUCAGACGGCUCAUUGCCUGAUAAAGAGACAAGAGGCAUUGCGUUACACUUGAGAUUUGGUUUUCUUGCUUGUUUGGGAAUGCUUACGUUUUUUUUGUUUUAAUGAAAAAGUAACUACCUUUUUCCAUUCCCAAGUCUCGAAUUUCUUCCUGCAGUAAAUGGUCCAGAACGGAAUAGUUUUGUUGUUAUUGAAAGCUCUUUUUAUUUCUUGGAUAAAUGGAAUUCAAAACAAGAGAUUUUAUGCUUUUUGCAGAAUAAGAGUCUCCUUUUUGAAAUUCUUUGGUGCAGGUAUAUCGAUGCAUAACCACAUGAGCGAUUUUCCCCCUUUCGUUGAAUGAGUUCUCAAGAGUGAAAUUGUAUAGAACCUACGAAUCCUUGUGUGAUGUUCGUGCUGAAGUCAAUGUUGUAUUUAUUCAUAAUCAACAUCCAUUCACCAAAUGCAAAUUGGCAAAGUGACGAUGGAACGAAAAGGAUAUCCACGAAUAAAAGAUUGGUUAUAAAAGAUUGGACAAUCGCCACUCAAAGCUGUAUUUAUGCCGAAAUCUGUUUCAUCGUAUCGUAUUAUAUGCAGUGCAUGGUUUGUUUUUCACACGUUUUGGCUCGACGUUAGUAAACUUCUUUACGAAUCGAGACUAAGGUGAGUUACUUCAUCAUCAAAUAAAUAUAGAAAUCAAUUUGUUACGUUCAAAGUCAAGGUACCAAAAAUGUGUCCCUACCAUGAAAGGAUUUCACAUACAAUAAUUGAAACGUAAAGUUUGCCCGCAACAGAAUAUAGCUGACAAACAUCGAGCAAAAUAUCGAGGGACAAAUCAUUCCAUGGAGAUCUCGUAAAUUUUUGGUAGAAAUACUUUUGUUUUAUCAGAAAAUCCAUAGAGAUUCUUUUGCUUUGGUAAAAAUUUUGUAGGGUAUUGCCAAGAAUGAAUUGCCCCACGCAAAAAAUUGAGAAUGGGAGAAGGGAGUAGCACGCUGAACGCUGUGAAUGGAUGCUAGAAAUUGCUUCACGAAAUUUUGCCUUCAUAUUGUAUGGCCCACUUAUCGAAGCAUUUCAGUUUAAAUGUUGUAUUGCUUAUUGUGGUAAGUAAAAUAAAUUUUGGCAAGUCGUAUAUACCAUAUUUCCUCGAAAGAGCGCCUCUCCUAAAGGAAAUAUUUUUAAAUGAGCGCCCUCUCGAAAAGAGAAUGAAAACAAUACAAACCGAACCACUCAAAUAAAACAUGUUAUAUCAACUAAACCAUUGAAAAAUGUAUUGGAAAUCUGGCUGCAGGCAUAUUUUCUACAAAGAAAUCUUAAAUGGUUAGAAAGUUCCUUCCUUUUCUUCAAUUCUGCUUGUAAUAUAACGGCAAUCUUUUUUCUUUGUGUGUGCCGUAUAUCGAGCGGGAAUUGGUUAUUCGAGCCAACUUCGCGCUUUCGUCUACCAGUGACGUGGGCUUUGAAGAAGUUGUCUUCUUGUUGCUUGAGAAAAUAAUCUAGAACCCUUGAAAGUUCUAUUGGCAAAUGUUCGAUUAAUGUUCCAACUGCUUUACAUCUGUGAGUGUUUUUUUUUAAACUGUACCAAAUCAGCAAAUCAAACAUAGCAAAAAAUCUUAUUUUUGGUCAUAAUUUUACAAUUUUGGGCCUUUAGUGUUAAAAAUUAAACAUUUGGACUAAAGAUUAAAUAGAAAGGAAUGUAUGAAAUUUAUAGGAGCUUAUCAGGAAUAAAUACUCCAAAUCUGCUAAUUAUCGAUGAUUUUAAUUAUGUCUGGACCCUAUACAUGAAUAACUUCCUUUUUUUAUGGUUUGUACUGAGUUGAUAAAAACUAGUUUUCAUAAAUCUUGACUCAGGAGCACUGCAGGCUGCGAAAAAUCCUAAGGAAGACUAGCCAAAGAACAUACACCUAAUGUAUGGUUGUCAUAAUUCAAUGCUUCUUGGCGAUUAUUAUUCUUGAUUGACAAAGUUUCAUUCAGCCUCGGAGUCCAGCUGCCUUUGUAAACGUGAUGCCCCUUAUUGCUGCACUGAACUUUUACCUUGUAAUCAAUGGUAAAACUAGAAGUUAUCGCUGUAGCACGAGCCAUUUCUUGCAAGAUGAAAGUAGUUGCUGCUUAUUUAAACCUUGAUUCUGUUUGGAAUUGUUUGGAAGGCUAGUUGCCACGUAAUUACAUCAGUCUCAUCACCACGUGUUACCCUCUCACAGUCACAGUGGAAACUUUACACCUCAGACCCCUGGGUCUUACCACAGGGGGCCAUAGAGUUUUUGUAAAGACAGCUGCGUAGUUUGACACAGAUUACAUAUCAUCGUAGCGGUUAGCCUGCUGUUUCUACUGUUAUGACCGGGCAGAUAUGAACUAUGGUUUAUUCAAUAUAUGUCGCUGAAUGGACGAUAUCUGUUGCUGCAAACAAACCAGGGUGAGGAUCAUGAUUGUCACUUACCGCCAGAAACUGUUUGGAAAAGUAGAGCAUCUCAUCCAACUUCGGGGUCGGGUUAUGUUCAAGAGGUUUAUAACGAAUGGUAUUGGGAAGUCCCUUCAUAAAUUGACGGGAUAGCAAGGCAGGGAUGGCAGCUUCUUCCAAAGUCGGAUCCGCCUUUUUCAGCAAUUCCUGAAGAGACCACAGAAAAACACUAGGAUCCUCACCACUACGCAAAACACGUUCUUCAAAUUCACGUCCUACAGCCUUCUCGUCCAACAGCAGGACACAAGAGAGUGUGGAGACUGGUUACCAAAUGUUCAGACGUAUCCUUUUCAUCAUCGGAAAGAGUAUGAAAAAACGUAGCAGCCAACCCUCGCAAAAAUGCAGACAGCUUUUGCAACCUUUGUGGAGGCACAACAAUUAAAUUGGCAAAGCCAAGUUGGGAAAUCACCAGAAUCAAACUUUUCUGGCAAAAUGCUACUCGCCAUUGCUUUCACCUCUGUCACCAAUUUGCUUUGACCGGGCAGAAACGGACAACAUAAACAGACGUGUCUCUAGUACAUAUUCCAAUUCUCUAAUAACCGAACUAUCACGGCUUUCCAAUUUAUUGAUAAACAUGACAUGUCAUCACAUGACGAGCACAAGAAAUACGUUAUUAAUUAGCAUUGCCUAAUGACACCAUUAGAAAACACAUUAUUUUACAGAUGUGACAUUUCACAUGACAUCAAAUGCGCACUGUCAGCUCCCUUGUUGGUAAUUCAUGUUGGUGUCAAGACACUGUAAUAACUUGAAAAUACUUUCGUUUUAUCUUUAAUUCGUCAAAAUUUCAUCAUGGUAUCAGAAAUGAUAAAGCAGUAACUGAUAUGAUGUCUCAUAAAGGUAUGAAAGUGAAGAGUCAUUCUAUAGAGUUCAAAUAAAACGCACAGUAGAAAUUCAAGUUUGCCCCAAGCAAUAUCUACAACAUGAAAGAAGCGCCCGUGUGGGAAGACAUGGUGGCGAUGACAACAGUCAAUAAAAGUUGCGGCCAAGGACGUCCUUGUGCGAUCAGCAGGGCACGAAAAGGCCAGGGUAACGGUUUGCUUGACUGCCAAUGCAGAUGGAACCAAAUUAAAACCUUUUAUUGUUUUUAAGAGGGCUAAACGAGAGGCAGCCAGAUUGAACAACGAAUUUAGGGGCCGAUGCGUUCAAGUAUCAUCUGCUGAUGGAUGAACACUGAACUGACGCUGCAGAACAAUCAGACCAUUUUUGGGCUCGUUUUCGUCUGGAAAACGACUUUUAGCAUAGGACAGCUUUGUGUGCCAUAUUCAGUCAGCCGUCUAUGCUAAUUUAAAAUUAAGGGGUUUUGAAGGACCAGUUGUCUCAUGGAACAAGCAAUUUAAAGCAAAAGUGAGCCAGCAUUAUGACGAAUGGCUUUCGAUUGUUGGAAUUCACCAAGUCACUGACGUUGGCAAUCUGAAAUCGCCGACGCAACAAGCUGUUGUCGAGUGGAUCGUUAAUGCAUGGGCAAGCUUAGAUAGCGCGAUUGUUUCGAAGUCUUUUGAAGUCUGUGGCCUGAAUCUUGCGGUUGAUGGGAAAAAAGACGGCUAGCAUGAUUGCCUGAAAAAGGGUGCAUCAUGCUAUGCAGGUCUUGAGAUAUUCCAGCAACAAUUAUCAAUUUUAAAUGAACCAGACUUCAAUCCGUUUAAAAGGCUGGUUUCAGAAGAGGAUAUUGCUGACGCAACAUCAAAAUUCAAGCUUAUAGACAUCGAUGAAGAGGACAAAAUUGACAUUGUUUUGUGAAACUUGCUUUUAUAUUGCAUUGCAGCAAUUAUAUUUCCACAUGGUUUUUUGACUGAUCCCCUUUUCCUUGUAUUUCCUAUUUCUUCAUGUUGCGUUUAUGUGUCUACUCACAACUAUAGGGAAAGAUUGGGUCUGUAUGUCUACCAAAUAAAAUAAGCGCCCCAAAAAGGCAGUUUUGUAAAUGAGUGCCCCUUUGAAAGAGCGCCCCCUCGAAAGAAUGCCUCCCCCAAAGGCAGAUUUCAAAGGCGAGGAUAUGUUUCUUUGCUUAAGUACCGUAUUUCGAGGAAAUACUGUACUUAAGCAAAGAAACAUAUCCUCACAGAAACUUGAGCAACGCUAAUUUUCUAUUUUCAUUAUGCUUUUAGUUAACAGAAUGUUGAUAAGACUCCAUAAAUUAAAGUACGAAAUAUGAGAAUGAACAAUACAAGAUUUGGCUUCCUGUCCCUCAGUGAUAACUUGCAUUUGUUUUUUCUGUGCAACGGUUGCGUUACGCAGACAAUACAAAUUCUAGAAGAUCGAAUUAAUGAAAAUAACUGAUUAUCGGUCACUCAUAUAGUGCUCCAUUCAAUAUAGUCCGAGCUGUACAUGCUUCUAGAUCUAGAGUAUUCUAGAGUAAAGGACAGGAUGUAGUUUCUCUGUUUGUGGUCCUCUGAUUUCUCUGAUUAUGGAGGUUUCUGUUCUUGGCACUUUUUGAAAUGAAAUGUUUGAAAAUUCAUUUCAGAUUUUUUGCUCCAAUAUUCGUCCAAACGAUUCUAAUAUUGAUAUUCAUCAAUCAUUUGCUAUUUGACGAUAACGAUGUUCGAGGUAUCUCGUGUACGGUACAGAGAUUGAUCUUACUUGCAAUACUUGCAUUAAAUGUCUUCAGCAUUUUCUCGUGUAAUGUGUACUUGGUUUUCCCAAAAAGAUCAACGUACCUGACUUUCUAUGUAUCACGUAUUGACAGACAAUUUCCAAGUUGAAAAAUGGACGAUAUUCGCAUAAAAUUAUACAUUCUUAGAGACAGCAAUAUUUGUAUUUGGAGAUUCUAUCAAUAAACCUAAAAAGCCAAACUUUCAAUGCCUAUUUUCAUUUCCAAUGAACAUUGGCUGUCUUUUAGACACAGUUCCUUUUUUUGUUUUGAUCCGUUUUGUCUGGUAAAAGGUUACAAUAAAACAUUACUGCCUGCUACUAACAAACAACUGUACAAUGAUGCAAAAACGAUACUACAUAAGGCAAAAAGAUGUGUUUUGAACCUUGCAGCUAUCAAUUGAAGUUAAAAACUUACUUCAGCUGGUUUUAAACCAGCUGUCCAGUGAAACUGCUGACAAAUAAUAUAUUGAGGGAAUUCUGCAUGGUAACAGCUUUUCUAACAAAUAUGUGUUUUCAACAAAGACUUCCAAAGACCCGUGACUUUGGCAGGAAAAGCAGCAAUAAAAUUUGAUGGAAUGAAAGCAUGGAUCUUUUUUCCAACACUUUAUAACCCAAACAGACUAACAGAAAACCGGAAAUAUGAUUUAGACGCAGAUAACGGUAAUUCAUAUUUACGGACUUAUCAUAAUUUUUAGACUCUUU